AUGUUUACCUAUUUUGGAAUAGUGAUGAUAAUUUCAGUCCUAGCAUGUUCGGCAAUAGAAGAGAUGGACGAUAGCUACGCAGCGCAGGUGAUUGAGCAGGAUCUCAACCCAAAAAUGAUAGUCAAGCCGGCUGUGGAUCGUAUGAAUAUUGUACGGCUUGGAAGAAUAAUGGUUUCUGCAACAGCACUUUCUACCAUGAUGAUCUCAAAAGAAAGUUAUGCGGAAUACCAUGUGGGCUAUGCUAGGGCAUUGAAGAUGAACGAACUUGACAUUGAUAUUCUAUGA